AUGGACCACCAACGACGUGGCCGCUGCCGCCUGGCCGUCCUUGUCGCAGCGGCGCUCUGCCUGGUCGCCGCGCACGAAGGGAGGUGCGGGGCCGCAGCGAGGCGCCUGCACGCGGUGGAGGAGGCGGUGCUCGACGUGGCACCGGCGGAGGCGCCUGAGGCCGCCAGGUGGCCGGGAGGAGGGGACGCUCUCGGCGAGGCGAAGUGGCUGCCGAUGUCCAUGCCGGUGCCGGUGCAGGUGCCGGCGGCGAGCGCGCUGGCGGGCGGGCUGCGGUUCCCGCCGGUGGUGUUCCCUCUGGGCGGCGCUUCGAUGCCGUGGCUCCCGGUCACCGGCGCGCAGCACGCGUUCGCAGGCCCCGGCGGCGGCGGCGGGGGGAUCCCAGCGCUCGUGCCGCCGUACGUGGGCGCCACGCGGCAGGAGCAGCUCAGCCUGUGGGCGUCGCUGUUCAACCCGCUGCAGGUCAGGCCACGGCUGCCGUUCUCCCUCGGCGGCGGCGGCGGCGACACGACGGCGGGGCCCGUCGUCGAGCGCGCCGGGGUCCCGGCCAUCGCCAGCGGCGGGAAGGCCGCCGAGGCGGAGGUCACCGUCGACGUGCCCGCCGCCGGCGCCGGCGCCGUGCAGGCCGCCGAGCCCAAGUGGGGCGUCUUCUUGGGCAACAUUGAUCAUCGCAACUAG